UGCAGUGGAGUUGCGCCGACAAGAGGCUCGAACAUUGGCGAACAUGCAAUUCGCCUUGCAAUACAGAUACAAAGGCAACAACCCCGNGGCACCUCUUCCAAGAAAAUACUCCAAUUCUUUGGACGCCUAGUAGCGUCCUGUGUCUUCUAUGACUGUAUUCGGAAUCGCAGAGAACGUAUACUGGAAACGUUCUGCAAUGACCAUCUAACGUGCUCAUUUGUCGAUCGCUCAAAUCGUUCAUGCAUUGGCACCAGACUAUCUCAUGGCUCGGGACAUCGCACUAAAGACGACAAGGCCAUCGGCUCAGGUCAUUAUAGGGCUAGCAUCACUGCGGAGUCGUAUCUACCAGAUUGGAUAUCGUGCCUCAAGAAAAUACUCGACAUGUGCGAACUCGACUAUGUCGAAUUCUUGGAAGAGGAACCGCGAGAGCAUGCCAGAAGUGUUGCGAGCUACUUGCAUUUCGAACAGAUGAACGCCUUCUUUACGGACAUAGGGACAGCUGCGCCUUUCAUCAGCCAUGCGAGUUGUUUUGGGUGUCUCGUCAAUAUCCCGCUGCAUCCGCUGCCGUGUGGACACGUGCUUUGUGACAGCUGCGUUCGAGAUUGCGGGAAGAGAGGCCAUGGCAGAACAUUACUGGACCACUGCCCGCUACAUACAUACACCAGAUUCGACCCGCCAUGCGAAGUCUCCUAUCGAUCUGAUCAGAUGGGUAUACGAGUAUUGUCCCUUGACGGUGGUGGUAUGCGAGGCAUAAUGGAACUUGAAGUUCUACGGGCAAUCGAGAAGGUUCUGGGAAGCAAUAUACGCAUUCAGUCCUUUUUCGAUCUGAUUGUCGGCACAAGCACAGGAGGAAUCAACGCUCUGGCCUUGGGAGUCAAGCAAUGGUCCGUUCGCUAUUGCAUCGAGAUGUUUGAAACUUUCUGCGACAAAGCGUUCACGGAGCGCGAGUUCGGAGGCUUAUGGGGCUUAGAGAAGGCUGCCUUGUUGAAUCAUGGCAGCAAAUACAAAGCAACGCCUUUUCAUGAUGUUCUGCGAGCGACACUCGGUCCAACCCCUCUNUUUGGCGGCAACAACUCCUUGAGCGCUUUCAAGACCAAAGUUGCUGUUACAACCACUUCUGCAGACGGAAAAGAGGCCAUGAUCUUAGCCAACUACAAUCGUCCGAAGAAGCCAGGGGAUCGCCGAACGUUCGUCAGACCAGAGGACCCGGCAGACGAGCUUGAAGUUUGGGAGGCAGCAGCAGCUAGUUCUGCUGCACCAUUGUACUUCAAGCCAUACGCCCACAAAAAGACUGGAGCGAGCUAUAUCGAUGGAGGGCUUUACCACAACAAUCCCGUUCAUGUUGCGAACAGAGAACGAAAACUUCUCUGGCCAGAAAUUGCGAAUAAGCAUCCUGACAUGCUGCUGUCUAUCGGCACCGGCAAAAGCCUGUCUGAGUCAAGACCGGAGGCAUCAACAAGACGCUCAUCAAGUCCCAAGGAAGAUCAUACAGCAUCGAAAUCAGGAGGCAUUUUCCAAACCUUAGGAGCAUUGUAUCAGCGUUUCGAUAAUAUACUGGACGCCGAAAACGCUUGGACUGAUUUCAAAGCCGACAUCAACGAUCGAAACGAUGACUUUCCAAGCCCUUAUAUACGCUUCAAUCUGGAUCUCAAGAGCAAACCACCUCCUUUCGACGCCAAAGACAAGUAUCACGAGUUCCGAGCUGAUGUGAGACGGCGACUCAAAGAUCCUGAUGUUGUGGAUAUGACGACAAAUAUUGCUUGCUCUCUUGUGGCAAGCUCGUUCUANCUCAACCUAGUGGACACAGUGCCACAAUGUGGUGGAAGCUUCAAGUGUAGGGGCUACAUCUGCUGCAAGUUUGAGGAAGGCUCAUCCAACCUGAAAGCACUAGGCGAGUUUCUCUCGAGGCAGUGCACCUCAAGAUUCCGGCCGGAGUUUAUCAUUCAGGACACGUCGAGAUGCGCACCGAGCAGAGAUGUCAAGGUCAAGCUUACAGAUAAGAUGAUCUCGAGAUUGAUCGUUUAUGGUAUGUUGAGGAUAUCUCACAUCGAUAUUCAAGUUCCAAACUCGAUGGCUUCCGCCACGAUAGCGCUUGUUCUGCAAGCAGGUUGUCAGGGUGAAAGUCAAAACUAUCUCCUUAGUGGCUUCCCAAGGACGCUCGUGCAAGAGGCAGCUUGCAUAUCAUCGGGCUCGACCCACAACAGCCGAUCUGCCUCGAACCCGGCAAACACAAACCAAUCCAGCCCUACCACCCCGGUCAUCUCAGGCCAGGCCACCUCUUCCUGGAAAGCCUACAUCCCU